CCUGUCUUCACCUCCAUGCAGCUCGAUGCAUCGUCAUCCAACCUGAACUCCAACGACGCUUUUAUUCUGGUGACCCCCGGAGGCUCCUUCAUGUGGGUGGGCGUGGGUGCCAGUGACACAGAGAAGCAGGGAGCUCAGCAGCUGUGUGACAUCCUGGGAGUUUCGGCCUCUGAGCUGUCUGAGGGAGGAGAGACUGAUCAGUUCUGGGAGGCUCUGGGAGGAAAGACAGAAUAUCGUACUUCUACCAGACUCAAAGACAAGAUGGACGCCCACCCUCCCAGACUCUUCGCCUGCUCCAAUAAGACUGGAAACUUCAUCAUUGAGGAGGUUCCCGGGGAGAUGACCCAGGACGACCUCGCCACUGAUGAUGUCAUGAUCCUGGACACCUGGGAGCAGGUGUUUGUCUGGAUCGGAAACGAAGCCCAAGAGGAGGAGAAGACCGAAGCCAUGGCAUCUGCGGUCCGUUAUAUCGAGACAGAUCCGGCCAACAGAGACAGCCGGACGCCCAUCGUCAAGAUCAAGCAGGGCUUCGAGCCGCCCACAUUCACUGGCUGGUUCCUGGGCUGGGACCACGAGUACUGGACCAGCGACCCCCUGGAGCGCGCUAUGGCUGAUCUGGAGAUCUGAGAUCUCACCUGAACCCCCCCCCCCGACCUUUGACCCUACUGCUCCGCUUCAUUGCAUUGAUCUCCAGUCAUAAGACUUUUUUAGCUGCCAAUCCUCUCCAAAAACUUUUUUACUUUUGUUGUGUUUGUGAGGGAUACAGAUCGAUGAGGAUGUGUUUUAACUUAGUCUCGACCUAUAGCAAUAGAGCUGAAACAGAUAGCUUCCUGUAGGGUUUGCACUAAAUGCACUCUGCUGCUUUUGUUCAAGCCGGUUUCUCACUUUUAUUUUAUAUUUUGACAGUAAAACCUGUUCACUAGUGAAAGGUCUUGGUGUGCUGCAACAUCAGAAAUCUCACUGCCAAGAAAACACAGCUUAUAAAAGCAAUACAACCGAUGCCUUAAUGUUGUUUCCUCUAGUUUACAGUAAACCUGCUGUUUUUUUAAAGGUACUGUUCCACUUUCAGGAUGCCUUUUUAGACAAGUUGUUUGCACCUUCAGUUUAGUAGCCUCUUAUAUUUAUUGUUUUAUAAUUGCCAGAUUGAAGCCCAGGAAAGCUAGUGUGAUGCUGCAACUUUAAAUGGGAAACUGACGCUUUGCUGCUUUACAAACUGCUCUUCUGUGACACUUUCAAAGGUUUCCCUAAGCCUUGUUAUUAUUUCAAUAAAACCAAAUUAAAAGAAAA